GCCCGACGGGUGACGUAGGCUGUUGGGUUGUGGAUUGACGUCGCGAGUCUAUCAGCAUGAAGUCCGCACCGCUGUUAUCAGUUCAGGGCGACGGGCGCUAGUAAGGCUGUGAACUUUGACGGAAUCCCGUGAUAUAAAAUACAAAUACAUCGCAAGCGUCCCUUCUCUUCACGUGAAAGAAUCGAUGAAUUAACACUUUACAUUUAAAGACUCAUUUUGGAAGUGUAAGAACGGCAGUCCUUCACCAUGAUCCACAUAUAAAAGCCCUGCAUUCCUGAUACUUUCUCUGUGUGCAUUUCUGUCACUGAAGACAAUAUCGAUAUCCACGACAUCAUGGCAACUACUGAGAAUAACCGUCCCGGGCCCCCCAAGGACCACACACUCCCUAAAGUCCCAGUAAAGAGGUUGUGGCGAGGUAAUGGCACAGACGCUACGCCCAUCAAGAAACGCGUGAUGGCUGCUCUCAAUCUCUCCUGCAGAAAAAUUCCAGAAACCUCUCUCAGCUCUGGUGAUACAAGUGCGUAUCAGGUUUCCAAGGCAACAAAUGGGAUGGAGACCACUCCAGAUCUGAGUCCUGGUUUGAAGCACACUCUAGCGCAGUUCUCUCUCAGUAGCCAGUGUUCCCUCGGUGGUCCGGCGGCGUUCUCUGGUCAUCAUGGUCAGUAUAAAAUGGUGCCUCCAUUGGCCCAAGGAGGUAUGGCGGGAGGGCCUCUUCUGGUCCCCCCUGACAGCUCUACAGACCUUGGCCUUUGCUGUCUGGAGGGCGAGACUAUCUCCUGCUUCUCGGUGGGAGGUGAACUGCGUCUUUGUCUGCCCCAACUGUUAAACACUGUUCUGCGAGACUUUUCCCUACAACAGAUCAAUCAAGUGUGCGAUCAGCUUUAUUUGUACUGUUCUCGCUGUGACGCAACACAACUCCUUGUCCUCAAAGCGCUGGGUGUCCUACCGCCAGGGACUCCAUCCUGCGGGCUCAUCACGCUAACCGAUGCCCAGCGCCUCUGUAACACGUUGCUCCAUCCAGGUGAAGAACCCUCUAGAGAUCCACACAAAGGUCACGGUUCUGGAGAGGAGGAAGAGAGUGAGGAAGCUGGAGCAUUUUGGGUGGAACACCGAUGUCUGGGGAAAUGUCAAGGACUGUUUGUACCCCAGCUUUAUUCCAGUCAGGACGCGCCCUGCAUCCGCUGCUCCCUGUGCCGGAAACUCUUCUGCCCGGAGCGGUUUGUCAUGCACUCCCAUCGACAGCCCGACAAACGUAUAUGUCACUGGGGCUUCGACUCAGCCAAGUGGGCCUGCUAUCUGCAGCUCGCACAGAGACACCUGGGAACGGAGGAUGAGGAGAAGCUGCAGCUCUCUCUGGAGGAUAUGAAGUCAAAGUUCCAGCAGGAGAAAAGGCAGUCACAUGUGGGAGUCUCUUCACCUGCUUAUGUGUUUGAUUCGCAUUUGCUUGCCAGUCUUAAGGAAAGCCCCAGUCACGCUGAUUUGAUGUGGCAAAGCUGGUACCAGUAUGUGCCUGAAAAACCAGCAGCUGGGUGUGUGUCUGGAAAGGAAGUGUGGACCCCAGGAGAAGACGCAUUGGGAGGCCCAUCCAAACAUGGAGACUCUCAGGAUGAUGCAAGUCAGGAUGGAGGCAACACUGACCGAAAGACACCCUCCUUUUCAGGACAGGAAAGAACAAGUCACACACCUGGCCAAACAAAUGACGGCAGGCCGGAAGAAUGGCAAAAACUGGAUAUGCCAGCGUGUAAGCUGUCUGCUGGUGUAAAUGCAGAACACAGUAAGGACGACUUGGUAUUGGAACUCCUUCAGAUGUACAACGCACAGCAUGUGAAACUUCAGGCAACUCUAAGCAAACAAAAACAACUUGAAAAGGAGCUACAAAUUCUGCACCAGGUUGAAGACAGUGACCGCCGUGACCUGCACGGCGAACUGGAGGCUGUGCAGAGCGAGCACGUUCAGAGGCUGGGUGAGGUCCAGCAGGAACAGAGAAAGCUGAAGUCCAGACUCGAUCAGCUGAGACAGCAAGGCUGCAGAUGCAAAGAUGCGCCGCACCAGGAAACCAUCUAUGCCAAACAGUUAUCAGAGCUCCACCGAAGGUUGGACCACGCAGAAGAGGACCGCGAAGAGCUGCAGGAGGAGCUACGUAGGGAGAGGGAGGCCAGAGAGAGGCUGGAGCAUACCAUCUCUGAACUCAAACAACAAAUGAAGGAGUCUGUACCCCCUGCUUCAAUGGACGGUCCACUGUCUUUAGCCUCCAGCGACACACAUAUGUCGCCAACGCCUUAGCUUGACCAUUGCGUGACCUUCAUUUUAAAAAAAUCUAAUUUACUGGAAUUCCUAAAUUCCAUCAAGAUUUGUUGCGGAACUGGAUGUUUUAAUUCCAGUUCUGUGAAGUGAUUUCGGUCCAUCCUAAAUUGGGUUUAUUCAGUUAAUUGGUUGUGAAGAAAAUAAGAGUAACUCUCAGGUUGAACUGAACUUUUUGGGACACGAAAUGGAUUUGUGGUGUUUAUAGACAUUAUGCAAGCAUCAAACACUGCAGGCAUACAAUCAACGCCACGGUGUGAGUUUAUCAGUGCUAGCACUACUGAUAGGAAAAGAAGAGAGAUUUUUCUAUAAAUGGAAAUUAAAAUACAUCAAGUGAUAUAUUGUGUUAAAGGUAUUUAUUGUUUAUUGGAAAAUGUUAUGUGAAAAUUCAUGUCAGAUAAUACAUAUUUAACAUUC